AUUGGCUUUAUUGGGUAAUUCCGAACGAAGCUUCCCCUGCAAUCAUGCCAUAUUUCUUGCCUCUCUCAUGCUUCGCACACAGCUAACAGUAACAGUUCAUUCCACUACAAUAAGGGACAAAAAGGAAAACUUCAAAAGGAAUGCCCAAGCAAACCGGGUUACUAAUUAGGACAGAAAGGAGUUAAUAUAAUCUGUCGGGGCCAACUGCUAAGUUUUUUAAAGUUUCUUAGGUCACACCAAUAAUGUGUGCAGGAUCCCCUUGAGCAAUUCUACAGCCAUGAAGAAUCUCAGGCUACAAAUCACUAUUGCGGUUAGAGACAUAAUUAUAGUCAAGAGAUGGUCCACCGUCCUUUCAACGAAUAUGAUUACGAUAUUUAAUGGUGAGCUAAUGAUAAGGCUGAUAUGAGGCCAAGCUGAAAAUAAUGGAUUUGGCUUCUGUAUAGAAUUCUUCGACUUCAUGAGUCCACCAAAAGUGCAAACAGGGGGCAUGAUUGUAUUGGGUGUUUGUGGGUAAUAAGGAUGCAUUUGAUUCACCAGAGUUGCCUCCAAAAUCGGUAAAUUUUGAAAAUUCAUAGCCUUGGUGAAUAAGGAUUGAACACAAUUUGAAACAAAAAUGGUGACCGCGUAGUAAUUUUGAAGAUAAUUGGGGCUCUCUUUGAAGUGGGUUAAUAGUGUCUCUGAUAAGCACACUGAAAAUUUUGAAGAUUGUUGAGUAUUGAGCCCAUGUAGAUUGUAUGUCAUAGCCAAUCACAAAACCAUGCCUGUGAAAUCCCCGGGUGAGAAAUUCAUUGGCAGUUCAGCACACUAGUUUAGGUUAUGGAGUGCAGAGCUCUGUUUUGGAUUGUAUGCUUCUUUGCCCUUUCAUUGCUGUGGAUAACAGGUGUUCAAGCUCUUACCGAGGAGGCUCAAAUUUUACUGGAAAUGAAGAAAAGUCUGAAGGAUCCUCACAAUGCACUGAACGACUGGAAAGACUCCAUUGAUGCACCUUGCAACUGGAAUGGAAUUAGCUGCGACAAUAAUACAGGUAUGGUCACUGAGAUCACAAUUGAAAACAAAUUUAUAAAUGGUCCUCUGUAUUCCAAUAUUUGCAAAUUGCAAAAUUUCAAGAAGCUUCAAUUGGGAAACAAUGCGCUAUAUGGGACUUUACCCUCAGAUAUCAUGAACUGCACCAAGCUUCAGUCCCUGAAUCUCACAAAAAAUUCUUUCUCCGGAACUUUACCAGAUUUUUCCCCAUUGAAAUCCUUGCAGAUUCUUGAUGUGACAAACAAUAACUUCACAGGUGAAUUUCCUGCUUCUGUUGGUAAUUUAGCUGAGUUGACUUCCCUCAACCUUGCUGGUAAUCAAUUCCGUCCAGGAAAAAUACCCCAGCAGCUCAUGAAUUUGAAGAAACUCGAGGUGCUAUACUUGGCCGACUGUAAUUUGGUAGGAGAAAUCCCAAGUUUUAUUUUUAAUUUCACAGAUCUAGUUCUUCUGGAUCUCUCUUGUAACUCUCUGGAGGGAUCUAUUCCAAAGGUGAUUUCCAAACUCAGUAAACUCUACCAACUAGAGCUGUAUAAGAACAAUCUUACUGGGAAUAUACCCCCAGAGCUAGGAAAUCUCACAGCAUUAAAAUAUUUUGAUGCAUCAAAGAACAUGUUGAGUGGAAAUCUUCCAGAAGAGGUUGGAAAUUUGAGAAACUUAGUUUCAUUUCAGGUCUACAUGAACCAGCUUUCUGGUCAAAUCCCUGAAACCUUUGGUGACUUUCCAUAUCUUGAAGGCUUGUCACUGUAUACUAACAAUUUCACAGGACAACUACCACAGAAGCUUGGCAGCUUGUCAAAUUUCAAAUUUAUUGAUGUUUCUGGGAACAAAUUCACUGGACCACUACCAAAAGAUAUCUGUAGAGGAGGUAACCUGCAAUACUUUCUUGUUCUUGAUAAUCUUUUUACAGGAGAACUGCCCAAUUCUUAUGAAGAUUGCAAAAGUUUGAUACGUUUCAGAGUGAAUAUCAAUAAUCUAACUGGUAGGGUACCUAAAGGAAUUUGGGGUUUGCCAAAUGCCAACAUUAUUGAUCUGAGCUUCAAUAACUUUGAUGGUGAACUUGGUCCCGAGAUCAGCAAUGCAAAGAAGUUAACAGAAUUCUAUAUUAACAAUAAUCAAUUCUCAGGGAUCUUGGUGUCAGAGAUCGGAAUGGCCUCACAAUUAUUCAAAGUUGAAGUCCAGAACAAUCAGUUUACAGGUUCAAUCCCACAAGAAAUCAGCAGUUUGAGAAAUUUGAAUGAACUGUAUUUGCAGGGAAAUAUGUUUGAGGGAUCCAUUCCACCUGAAAUUGGUUUAUGCACUUCUUUAGUUGUUAUCAACCUUGCAGAAAACCAUUUGAGUGGAUUGAUUCCAGACUCUUUGGGGUCCAUUGUAGGUCUGAAUUCUCUAAAUCUUUCAAAUAACCAUCUCCAUGGAUCAAUUCCAAAUAGCCUUGGUACAUUGAAGCUAAGCUUUGUUGACUUCUCCAACAACCAUUUAUCUGGCCCUGUUCCAAAUUCCCUAGUUAGCAACAUUAACAGUGAAAGAUUCUCAGAGAAUCCAGGGUUGUGUGUCAAAAGCUCUAGGAGUAACAGUCAUCUACUUCAUACUUGUAAGAGCUCUCAUCUCACGAAAGAAUCUAGAAAAAUUAUAUUUAUAUCAGGGUUCAUUGUUGGAAUAGCAAUGUUAAUACUAGUGAUUGGUUUGGUACUUCUGUGGCAAAAAUGCCAUCAAAACCGAGAUGAAUCUAGGGAUAAAAAAGGAGGAAAUACGCACUGGAAAUUUAAAUCUUUUCAUAAAAUAAGUUUCACUGAGAAGGAUAUUUCUGAAGCUUUGCUAAAGGAAGAGAAUAUAAUUGGAAGUGGUGGAUCGGGCAAGGUUUAUCGUGUGGAUUUGCAAAACAAUGUAACUGUUGCUGUAAAAUGGCUUUGCCCAGUGGACAUUAACAGUUUCAAGCAAAAUGAUAUCAACAAUCAGAUGAAUGCAGAAGUGGAUGUUUUAGGGAUGGUUCGGCACAAGAAUAUUGUGAGGCUCUAUUGUAGUUUAUCAAAUGGUAAGUCAAAUCUUUUGGUAUAUGAAUAUAUGGAGAAUGGAAACUUGUUUGAUGCUUUGCAUAAAGUCUAUACAGAAAACGCAUCAAAGGGAAGUGGUUUGCAUUUGGAUUGGCCAACAAGGUAUAAGAUUGCAUUAGGAGCAGCACAUGGAUUGGCAUAUCUUCAUCAUGAUUGCUUACCUACAAUUGUUCACAGAGAUAUAAAAUCUACUAAUAUUUUGCUGGAUGACGAUUAUGAGGCAAGGAUUGCUGAUUUUGGUAUUGCGAAAUUUCUUCAAGCUGGUGGAGGAAAGGAUCCCACCACAGUUUUUGCAGGCACCUAUGGCUACAUUGCUCCGGAAUGUGCCUAUACUUUUGAGGUCACUGAGAAGAGUGACAUUUACAGUUUCGGUGUGGUUCUAUUGGAGCUUGUCACUGGAAAACAACCAGUUGAGCCAGAAUUUGGUGAUAGCAAACACAUAGUUUUCUGGAUUUCACAGAAAAUAUGUUCCCAGCAAGGCCCUUUUGAGGUUCUCGAUUCAAGGAUUUCUAAAUAUUUUGAGGAAGAAAUGAUCAAGGUCUUGAAAAUUGCAGUGCGUUGUACAUUCGAAGUCCCAACACUACGGCCCAGCAUGAGAGAAGUUGUACAAAUGUUGCUGGAAGCUGAUCCUUGCAGUAGUAGUAAUAGUAGUAGUAGUUCCAAGACAACCCAAAAGGAAGGAACCCAAGAGAACUCAACGAUGGACUUUGGCAUGAUUGUGAGAGAAAGUUCUCAGCAUAAAGAUGAAGAAAUAAGCAUUGCAAAUAUCAUUUCCGCUUAAACUUUUACUUGCCUUCCAAAAUGAUUUGGAGGAAGACAAGAUUUUGGUUUGCCAUAACUAUUAACUCUUGUUAGGAAUAAGAAAGUCGGGGCUGGGAGAUCACAAACAUCAUGCUUGACAGAUCUGUCACAGUAUGCUUGAAAGGCUUCUGGAUUUAAUUAUGUUUUUCUUUUUGAAUCAACAUUUCGGAUCACAUUUUAUGAUCCAUCAUCAGAACAGCGAGCUCGCUUAAAUUGUCAUAAAUAGAAGCUGGUACAAACUGAAUUUGAACAUGGAAAUUAGCCUCUAUGCUCUCCUCCAUUCCGGAUCUGAUAUUUAUGCAGUUUUCCUAUUCAGACAAGAAAUGCAGUUUAACCUGUAACUUUACCCAUUGUUCAUCUUCUUUACAAAAUGUUUCUUUGCCCCAGUACAUCAUGAUGGUAAAUCAUGAGUUUUUUGGCAGAAGGAAUAUAUCAAUGCUGCAGCAGUUGUAUUCCUUAUUAGCAGUGCUUGCAUAUCGAUUGUAUAAUAAGAUAUAUGAAGCAAAUCAUAUAAAAGAAUUCAUGAGCUGUUCUUGGGUAUUGUCCUUUUACUUCGAGGAUUGUAUUUCUAUCUUUGCACUGUUUCAGAAGCCAUGAACUAACUGAACAAAAGCAUUGAGACUAUUGCU